UGGUGGAGGGGUUCUUCAGUCCAGAGGAGAUACAGCCCUGCCUAGACUCAUACGCUCGCCUUGUCGACGGACUGGCUCACAAGCUUUAUGAUUCCGGACGAAUUAAAAAUUUAUACAAAGAUCUUAAUCUAAGUGACAGGCUUAUUGCUCUAGAAAAGGAAUGGCCGGGUGCUGUUCUCCUUCUUCUGAAGACAAACAAACUCACUCCUGAGUUCCGUGAUCUGUAUCAGAACAGUAAGUUACUUGACGCAAUGGAACAACUUAUCGGACCGGAAAUAGGUGCGAGCCCCGUCUGGAACACCAGGCCAAAGACGCCGGGUCACAGAGAAACGGAUGUUCCCUGGCAUCAAGAUUCAGCGUACUUUGACGAUGAGAGUUACCAAACUUUGAUAGCAACAGCGUGGGUAGCUUUUGUUGAUGCAACGCCUGAAAAUGGGUGUAUGCAGUUCAUGAAAGGAGGGCAAAAGAAAGGUUUAGUCGUUGUGCACGAGUGCUGUGAUAAUUUCUAUCUCACAAUAAAGGAAGAGGAACUGAUAGAGAGGCUGGGUGCAAAUCCGAAGACCGACUUCAUUACAUGCCCAGUUAAAGCUGGCGGAGUGAUUUUCUUCAAUAAUAUGGUGCCUCAUAAAAGCGUUCCAAACCGAUCCGACCAUAUCCGCUUUGCUAUGGACUUGCGUUACCAGUCACCAAAUCGACCAUGGGGAUUUUUCGAUAAAAGUAAGGGAAUCCUUCUUCGAUCUCCUUCGAAACCAGAUCACGUGCCAGAUUGGGAGUUCUAUUCAACUCAAGGAAGAUACGAUAUAAUUAAAGAACUCGUCGUCGAAAAGACGGGUCAAGGUGACAAGGACGAUGAAUUUGAUACCACAUUGACAGGACCUCACAUGGAUCGGUGGAAAAUUGUUAAUCAUAGUAUACAUACAGAGACCUACCUUAAAGGCGCUCAGAAAGUAUAAAAAACAAUAUCAGUCACGUGAUAGUAACAUAAAAAGAAAACAAAGCGCAAGACAAAAUAGUUCAUAUCAACUGUGCCAGGUUUAAUUUUCUGUUCAAGAAGUCUGUAAAAGUUUCAUUAUACAGAAUCUUUGAAUGUAAAGUGUGUGUACAUGAAGACAUUGAAGGCUUUGCGAUAGAAAUAUUUGUUCGAAAGCAGA